CCCGCAACCCACGUGGCCCGGUCGGCGCCGAAGCCGCGUAGGUGGCCGGUUACUGCCCGCCCGAAUAGAGGUGACGGGAGGGCGGCUCUAGCAGUGCCAGCCUCGCCCCGGGUGACCCCCAGCCAUGGGAGUGCAGCCCCCCAACUUCUCCUGGGUGCUGCCGGGCCGGCUGGCGGGGCUGGCGCUGCCGCGGCUCCCCGCCCACUACCAGUUCCUGCUUGAGCUGGGAGUGCGGCACCUGGUGUCCCUGACGGAGCGCGGGCCCCCGCACAGCGACAGCUGCCCGGGCCUCACCGUGCACCGGCUGCGCAUCCCGGACUUCUGCCCGCCCGCCCCCAACCAGAUCGACCGCUUCGUGCAGAUCGUGGACGAGGCCAACGCGCGGGGCGAGGCGGUGGGAGUGCACUGCGCCCUGGGCUAUGGCCGCACUGGCACCAUGCUGGCCUGCUACCUGGUGAAGGAGAAGGGCUUGGCUGCAGGCGAUGCCAUUGCUGAAAUCCGACGCCUGCGACCUGGCUCCAUCGAGACCUAUGAACAAGAGAAGGCCGUCUUCCAGUUCUACCAGCGAACUAAGUAACAGCCUCGGCACCCUUCUCCGGGCUCCUCCUGUCCCGCCCUGUGGGGUAGACAGAGCCAGAGACGAAGGGAAACGGACUAAAGGAUUUAACCUUGCGGCUCCUGGCCGGUUCAAGAGACUCAAGUAGCCACCCCUGCAGGCAGGUCCUGGUUGACGGGAUGGCUAGGACCCCGUUGAGGUGGGAGUUGAAGGGAGCCCUGAACUGUUUUCUUGAAGCAAAUAACCUUCAAGAACCAGCUCACAAUGCAUAGCACUUCACAGAGUACUCCCACACAUUGUUUUCUCUGCAUCUCACGCAAGGCCAGAGAUACAGGAAAGGCAAAAGCCGGUUCCAUUCUUUGGCUGAGGUGGCCAAGGCUCAGAGAGCCCCCAGGAGAGUGGAAGGAUAGGCCACGGCUACGACACGUGUGUUCUGCCUCUUGAAGAUGCUGAAAUUCUGUGUAUCUUGAUAUGGCUGCAGCUUUCUCUAAUGCACCCCUGUUGGCACGACCCCUCAGUCUAGGCCCAUCUGCCCCACAAAUGUCACCCUUGUCCCUCUCAGUACUGAGAAGGCCUGGACGUCAAGCUCACAGGUGACCACCAACUCCGUUUUCCUGGGGACGGGCCCCUCCUGCCAGCCUCAGUGCUGCUAGGCUCAUGUGGCAUCUCCAGCUUACUGUGCCACCCCCACGAUAUCAGGCCUAAGGAUGCAGAUCGUUAAUGAUUAAAUGAAGACCUCCAGGACUAUGAA